UGACGCACCAAUCGUUUUACAACACCUUGACCUUCAAGUGCUCAGCAACCUCCAUCAGUGGACGAUACCCUUGAAGCGUUGCCGUUUCUUGUAACAGGGUUGGUUACCUACUUGGAGUUACGAUCCCAAGUUUUUCUUAAUUUAAGGCUUGUGUUAUUGCUGUCUAUUACUUUCCUUUGUCAAUGUAAGUGUGUUGUUAACGCUUAAUGAGUAGUCGGCCCACUUUUUCCUCUUUUCCACAUCUCUUCAUUCUAUCCCAAGCUGCCAAUUUUGUAGAAAAUUUGGCACAUUUUGGGGAAAUUUUGGAGAAGCCGCUAUAGUAAAUUUUGGGGAAAUGGCACAAAAACCACAGAAUUUCCCCAGACCUGGGGAAAUCCCCAAAGUUGGGAGCUUGGGAGUGCACAAUGUACCUUCUGGUUAAACCUGAACCACUACAGUGUCAGGCGUUCGGGGUUUCAUUUUGUCAACUUCUAGUCCUAAUAAUCAGAUUAUUUUCACCACGUACUAAGGGCAUUCUAUGAGCUCUCUGAGCUGUGGGCUCGCUUUAUCAGUGAUGAAGAACUAGUUUCCCCUUAUUCCUAAAUUCUGCUUCUAACUUCUGAUUCUGACUCCCCACACUAAUUUAUUGCUAAAUUUUUAUACUUGUCAAUGACUAGUUUGUCAAGGGCAUUGUAGUGUAUUCUGAAGGUCCCCCAUUGGUCGUAUAGCUCGCAAAUCAUCUGUGUAGUUAUUUGUGGGUCGGGGAAAUAUAAGAUACCGGGGUGGUAAUUUUGCACACCUAGUUGGUUAAGUGAGCUGAAAGACCACUCAACUAUUCAUUGUUUACUAGUAGCUCGAUAUACACUUGAUAUUAUUUAUACUCAGCUUCAUAUUAAGUUGAAGAACCCACAGAUACAGUAUUAUGCAAAAAUAGAUGACAUAAUACUUAGUACGUAUUAACAUUGGAUCAGACUUCACCCAUGACAUCAACAUAAUGGGAAAUCUACAGAAAGAUUAAACUAACAUGAUUGGACACUGCAAUGAUGAGAAAGGUUUGUAGUUCGGAUGGAUGCUUUUGAUUGUGUUAUGGUCUCUGAGCUUGGUGACUGUUACUAAGUCUUCAUUUUCGUUCUGGUCAUCAUCCAUACUUCUACGUGUGAGAGUGUAUUUCUCUUUCUGUCAUCUCAAGUGAGUCAGUCAUAGUUUCUUUAGUUUUGCGGAUCAAUAGUGUUUCUAUUUUAGUAUUGUGUUCUGAUAAAAAAAUCCAAGGUACCAGAUAUUUUCAUCAUAUCUCUCGAGCAACAAAAGUAUGGAUACCUUAAACAACUUAUAACACUGCUACUUAAGCUUUUGUCUUGCAUUUCUUUUCGUUGUGUGAGGUUAUUAAGUAUAGUUUACGCUUAAAGUGAUUAUUUCUUGACCGUUUUAACUUUUAAUUUAAAAACCACUCGUUCUAGAUGAAUAAGGUUAUGUACAAUCCAGGACGUAUUCAACUGUUCAAUCUACUGAACGGAAUAUUAUGCGUUUAUAAAUCACCUGGGUUGAAUGUUGAAAAAUUAACCAGAAAUGUGAAAUGCUCUUUGGCAGAUGGUUUGUCACUUUAUAUAAAAUCACAUGUUUUUUUCCUAAUAGCUUUUAAUUCACUUCCAGCUGAGAAACAGUCUAUCAGAACGAUCAUUCAGACAUCCGGUGAUGUCAACUGUACUCUACCAAAAAUAAUUACAGAACCUGAUAUUGUUGAUAGUGAUCUUGUAUUGGGUAAACGUUUUCUUCCAGGAGAUAUUAUGUUAUAUCCCAUUGAUCCCCUUAGUGAUUUUAUGUCUGGUGUGCAAGUCUAUGGUAUUGGAGAAGAUGGUAUUUACAAUUAUGCUGAUAAGUUCGAACAAUCUUCUUGGCUUAAAACCUAUCACUUAACAUGCAUGAUGGGACGUGCAUCAACUGAUGGAACAGCCAAUAGUACAACAUUAUUAAGAGCUUCAUGGAGACAUGUUCAAAAAUGCAAAAUAGAUCAGGUUCUUGUUGGACUACAAGCUCAAUUCAAUGCUUCUGGAUUAUUACAAGCAGGACUUCGUCCUAAUUCACAAAAUGCAUAUCUAGCACUGUGUGGUCGUAGAGCUGGCAGUGAUCUUCGUCCGGUAAAACCCACACACGGCGUAGAAGAUUAUGAAGGAGAGGAACAGUUACUUUCACCAUGGGAACGUCCAAUGCCAGAUGAAAAUCGAAAUCCCGAAACACUACCUAGUCGUAAGUAUGAGUGGGAAGAAGAAAGAAGACAAAUGGCACCUUAUGUAAAUGCGAUGUGUUGUGUGGAUUUUGAUCCUCCGUUUUUUACAAUUGAAAUUCAAGUUACACAUGAAACAUUGAAGUUUUUCACUGAUUUAGUUGCUAAUCUUGGUCCAAAAUUACGUACAGCUACUUUAUUAUCAAAAGUUAGACGAGUUAGACAUGGACCAAUCACAGCGGAAAAUUCAUUACUUAUGAAACAUUUACAUAAUAUACCUAUUGAAUUUUAUCAUGAAUUUAUUCAAUGUAUCAAUGAUCUAUUAAUACAAUAUAAAAAACAUGAUAAAAAUUUAUCUCUACCAUUAGAAAUGGAUUUUAUAGAAGAUUUGAACUUAUUAAAACAUUUAAUGAAUCGUACACAAGGUAAAUAUGGUUAUCAUGUAUUUGAGAAUUUGUUUCAAUGUAAUCAAUUAUAUUCAAUAGGAUUUGAUUGUACUAAACAAUAUAAAUAUCGUAUGAUUCCAAUAAAUUCUUAAUUAUUAUUGAUGAUUAUUAUUUGUAUAUUCCUACAAUGUGUACAUAAUGUUUCAAUAUAUUAAUUGUAUAUAAAUUUUAUGUAUUAUAACUUUCUGUUUAUGAAAAUCAUCAUUAAAAAAAAUGUUUUGUAAACCUUUGUACGAAAUGAUUAUAUUAUGUUAGGUAAACUCACUUUGAGGGUCUUUUGCUUGUUUAUCAGUCCUAC